CCCAUCAGGGAAACUGGCUCAGAGAGUUGCCAUGAAGUGCCCUGGACCUUCAGAGAGCUCGAGACUCGUCUUCUUCCUGGAAAAUGCCUUAGCCAGAGAGGCCAGGAUUUGGAAAGUGCCAGUUUGCCAGAAUCUCACCCUGAAGGGCACAGAUAUCUCUCUGUUGUGUUACAAGAAAGCAGUUCUCUGGAUUGGAGAAAUAAGCUCCCAGUUCCAGUUUUACCCUGAAACAUUUGCCUUAGCUACCAGCAUCCUUAACCGGUUACUGGCAUCAGUAAAGGCCCAAUUAAAAUAUCUUCGGUGCAUAGCAAUUUCCUGCCUUGUCCUUGCAGCAAAAACCAACGAAGAAGAUGAGGUAAUACCAUCAGUAAAGAUGCUCGCAGUGCAGAGUGGCUGUAAACGCUCUCCAGCUGAGAUCUUGCGAAUGGAAAGAAUUAUACUAGACAAGCUUCAUUGGGAUCUUUACACAGCAACACCAAUGGAUUUCUUAAACAUUUUCCAUGCCAUGGUGAUGUCCAACUGGCCCCAUCUACUACCUGGGCUGCCUCAGAGGAAUCCUUCCCGCCACGUUGCAUUCUUGACCAAACAGCUACAGCACUGUAUGGCGUGCCACCAACUAGUGCAGUUUAAGGGCUCCACAUUGGCUUUGGUGAUCAUCACCUUGGAGCUGGAGAGGCUGACUCCUGAUUGGUUUCCUGUCAUUACUGAUCUGCUAAAAAAAGCACAGGUGAACAGCACCGAAUUCAUCCACUGCAAAGAGCUCACGGAUCAUGAGCUAACGUGCUCGCAGCCAUCCAAUGCUGUUUAUAUUUUCUGUCCCAUCAGUGGAGCCAUCCAGGGCCACCCCGAGGCAAGGCCACCCCACCACGACCCUUUUGGGCUGAAGAACCCCCACCCAGUGAGGUUGAGGGUUGCUGUAAGCCAGCCACUUUCAGCACCUUUCAUGCCUCCUACAGCCCAAACUCCCGAUGAUGCCAUGGAGACAGAUGAAUACUACGAUGGAUUCGGGCACCUGUACAGUGAGGAUGGGGAAGGGAGCAGAGGGAGAGGGGGCAUGGGUGGCUCAUGUCCUCAGCUGAGGCCUGGAGCAGGCAGCUCCCCGUGUCCUCCCUUGCAGCCGCCUGGAAGGGACGAGUGGAGCUUCACUGCUUGGAAGCAGCAACUGCAGAACCAGUAG